AUGCGUGACCAUGGUUGCUAUAUGUAUGCAUCAACACUCAAUCGUCAUACUGGAGAUGUUUCCAUGACCGUCGAGGAUAUGAGAGAAUGGAUGGGGGAUUUCAGCAGUAGCAAGAAUGUGCCAAAAUUGAUGAGUAGGAUGGGCCAGUGUUUCACUCAAGCACAGCCGACUGUGCAGAUUCUACAAGAAGAGUGUUUUGUUGAUGAUGAUGUGGAAGGAGGUGCGGGUCAUCCAGAAACUCAUGAGCCCUACUGCUUUUCGGAUGGAUGUGGUCGAAUCGCGCCUUCUCUCGCUAGGCGAAUUGCUUUAGCCCUACAACUUGAUAUCGUUCCCAGCUGCUACCAGGUUCGCUUCAAAGGAUUUAAAGGGGUGCUAGCUGCUGAUCCUUCUUUGGAUUUACCCAGGGGUUGUCCGAAGAUAGUGUUCAGGAAAAGCCAAAUGAAGUUCAAAGAGCGGUGCGAUGAUAAGGAGAGCAACAUACUGGAGGCAGUGUGGUAUGUGCAUCACCAACGAGCCUUUCUUUCGUCGUAUCUUGGUGUCUGUCUAUCGUUACAACAUCAACAAUCAUCUCAGCAAGCGAUGCUUUUGGAUGAUGCCGUUGCUGGUGAUGAGCUUACGCUUCGUUUGAACCUGCCUAUCAAUUUUGUGCGACUUAGGCAGUGUGGUAUGUGCAUCGACUCCAAUGAGCUUUCUUUCCGUGCGUAUCUUGGUGUCUGUCUAUCGUUACAACAUCAACAAUCAUCUCAGCAA